AUGCGUUCCUUCGCCGUCAUUGCUGGCUUCGCUGCCGUUGCCCUUGCCGCUCCCCAGGCUUACGAGGCUUACCCUGCUGCCCCGGCCUCUUCCGCUGCUGCUGAGUACCCCGCCUACCCUGCUGAGACCCCCGAGGCCUCCAGCUCCAUGCCCGCCUACGAGGCCGCUACCUCCUCCGCUGCUGAGUACCCGUCUUACCCCGCUGAGACCCCCGAGGCCUCCAAGCCUGCGUACGAGGCUUCCAAGCCCGCCUACGAGGCCAGCUCCAUGGCUCCCGUCUACUCUGCCUCCAAGCCCGCCUACACCACCACCGAGGUUGUCCACGCCACCAGCUACGUCUGCCCUGAGCCCACCACCAUCACCUACGGUGUCUCCACCUACACCAUCUCCUCCAGCACCACCCUCAGCAUCCCUGAGUACACUGCUACCUACGUCCACACCCCUACCCCCGAGAUCCCGGCUGUCCCCAUGCCCACUGUCACCUCUGCUUCCGUCCCGGCUGCUGAGCACACUGCGCCUGCCUACACCCCGGUCUCUCCCAUCUACCCCUCCUCCAACGGCACUGUUCCCCACGUCCCUGCCGGAACUGCUGCUCCUACUGGCACUGGUGCUAUGCCCAGCGCCUCCAAGCCCGCUGAGUUCACCGGUGCCGCCGGCAAGGUCUCCGUUGGCUUCUUCGCCAUCGCUGGUGCCCUCGCUGCUUUCUUGUAA